UCAGUAGUAGGGGCUUAACAUGGGUAGCUAAGUAGUAUCUGGAUAAUAUAAAUGAAAAGCCUUGCAUGUCGUUGUAAAGCGUGGAUGUUUGGGAGUACCGAGAGGUAGUAGGCAAACAUUUAUUACACUAAGGAGUUGCGUCUCAUUCAAAUAUUUCGCUGUUUGGUUGGUCUUUCGUGUGGCUGUGUAACACUAGCUUGUUAGCUAGCUAACGUUAAUCGUCAGUUACUCCUCUGCUAGCGCAUUUUGCAUUGGAAUCUGUUAGCUUUGUUUGACAGCUACCGGAGCCAAAGUCAAUCAGGUUUUUAUCCUAAGAGAACACGGUUCCGUUUGGUUGAGCCUCUGAGAGUUUAUUUAAGCUACAUAUCAUAGUGUGACCCAACUGUAACUGAAUGUUUGGCAAUAGAAGUAGCAGCAGCUACAGCUAGCAGAUUGUUAGCUUGUCCACAUCAACAACAAUGGGCUGUAAAAGGUAUUUAAAGACGGCAAGAACCUUUUAUUUUUUCACCAUUCUGCUGAUCGUCUUCGUCAAAGGAAUAACAGCUGAUGAAGAGCAACAAGGGAACGACGGGCCAGAGCUAAAGUCUUACCAUGACCCAGACGCUGAAGAGGAAGACAUCCGACUGGCAGCGGAGGUCGUGGCUGGGGCCUCUGUGACCUCUGUUCAUGAAGUCUCGCAGCCAGAAGAGGAGGAACCCUCACCUGAGGAAGGACUGGAGGGAGAGGAGAAGGAGGACCUGCCUGAGCAGCCUCCUCCAGUUGAGGAGAAACCCAAAGAGAUUCCUGUGGUGAAUGGUGGUACAGCCCAUGGAGAGCCCUGCCUCUUCCCCUUCCGCUUCAUGGAGAAGGAGUACUCGGACUGUACCACUGAUGGACGGGGGGAUGGACGACUGUGGUGCGCCACAAAGUACGACUAUGACCACGAGAAGAAGUGGGGUUUCUGUGAGACGGAGGAGGAGGCGCAGCAGCGACUGCAGGCGGAGGAGACGGAGGAGCAGUAUCAGACUGUGCUGCGCAUGCUCAAUGCCACCACCAGGAGGACCCAGAGAAAAGAGUUGUACGAAAAGCUGCUGAAGGUAGCAGAUAAAGGCCACCAGAAAGCCAUGGAGAAGGUUGCGUACGCCAUGCUGUUUGGAGACUACAUGAGCCAAAACGUCACCAAAGCCAAAGAAAUGUUUGAGAAGCUCGCCAUAGAGGGCUCACCUAAAGCCCAGACGGCUCUUGGCUUUCUGUACGCAGCAGGACUUGGAGUUAAUUCCAGUCAGGCUAAGGCCCUUGUUUACUACACAUUCGGUGCUCUGGGAGGAAACUUGGUUGCCCAUAUGAUCCUGGGGUACAGAUACUGGGGAGGUGUGGGCGUUCCCCAGAGCUGUGAGUCAGCACUAACUCACUACAGGCUGGUGGCAAAUCAAGUGGCCAGUGACGUGUCUCUGACGGGGGGCUCGGCGGUGCAGAGGAUCCGGCUGCUGGAUGAGGUGGAGAACCCGGGAUCCACCAGUGGGAUGUUGGAGGAGGACUUGAUCCAGUACUACCAGUUUCUAGCUGAGAAAGGAGACGUGCAGGCUCAGGUGGGGUUGGGUCAGCUACACCUGCAUGGAGGACGAGGAGUAGAACAGAAUCAUCAGAGGGCGUACGACUACUUCACACAGGCUGCAAAUGCAGGGAAUACACACGCUAUGGCUUUCCUCGGCAAGAUGUACUCAGAAGGCAGCGAGUAUCUCCAUCAGAACAACGAGACAGCCCUGCAGUACUUUAAGAAGGCCUCCGACUUGGGUAAUCCAGUGGGACAGAGUGGCUUAGGCAUGGCCUACCUAUAUGGAAGAGGUGUACCGGUGAACUAUGAGCUGGCACUGAAAUAUUUCCAGAAGGCGGCAGAGCAGGGCUGGGUGGACGGACAGCUCCAGUUGGGCACCAUGUACUACAAUGGCAUUGGUGUGAAGCGUGACUACAAGCAGGCGCUUAAAUUCUUCAACUUGGCCUCACAGGCGGGUCACAUCCUGGCCUUCUACAACUUGGCCCAGAUGCACGCUACCGGUACCGGAGUGAUGCGCUCCUGCCACACAGCUGUGGAGCUCUUCAAGAACGUGUGUGAGCGCGGUCGCUGGUCGGAGCGUCUCAUGGCGGCCUACGGCAGCUUUAAGGAGGGCGAGCCGGACGCCGCGCUGGUGCAGUACCUGGUGCUGGCUGAGCAGGGCUACGAGGUCGCCCAGAGCAAUGUGGCCUUCAUCCUGGACCAGAAAGGUGUGAGGAUCUUCACUGAGAAUGAGACCUACCCCCGUGCUUUGCUCCACUGGACCAGAGCUGCAGCACAAGGAUACACUGUGGCAAGGAUUAAACUAGGGGACUACCAUUUCUACGGCUACGGGACAGACGUGGACUAUGAGACGGCGGUCAUCCACUACAGGCUGGCGUCAGAGCAGCAGCACAGCGCCCAGGCCAUGUUCAACCUGGGGUACAUGCAUGAGAAGGGCCUGGGCAUCAAGCAGGACAUCCAUUUAGCCAAGCGUUUCUACGACAUGGCGGCUGAAGCCAGUCCUGAUGCUCAGGUCCCGGUGUUCCUGGCUCUGUGCAAGCUGGGCCUGGUGUACACUCUGCAGUACAUGCAGGAUCUUAAUUUAAAUGAGCUGGUUACUCAGGUGGACCUGGACCAGCUGCUGGGCCCGGAGUGGGACCUCUACCUCAUGACGGUCAUCGCCCUGCUGUUAGGCACGGUCAUCGCCUACAGGCAGCGCCAGCACCAAAUCAUAGUCCCCCCUCGUCCUCCUGCCCCUGCCCCUGCCCCGCCGCCUCCUCCUAGACCCCCUCAGGAGCCAUCGCAACCCCAGGCCGAGCCCCAGGACCAGGCGGACGCACAAGCCCAGGGACCGGCCCAGGAGGAGGAGGAGGAGCAGUGAGAGGAUGCCAGCCGGAGCGAGGGCAGUGAGAGACACUCUGUGGAGCAGGGGGCGCUCACUAGCUGAAUACCUGCUAGUCUUAGCGCCUCUCGUAGCUCCACAUGCUGACAAAUAUUGACUGCUGAACUCUGCUGACCCACAACUCCCUCUCUGCUUUUAAAAUAAGCUGGUCCUGUGCUGGAGAGAGACAGCGGGGGUGUUUAUGGACAGAACAGAGUGUUCCGGGAGGAUAACACAGACGUGGGACUUGCUAGUCUGUGACUCAGGGUACUGCCAGAAGAAGCACCUGUGUCCUCACCAUGACAGAAAGCCUUUUGGUUGCCAGAUCAAAAGACGUUUGGACUAAUCAAAUCUAAAAUGUGCGUUAGUUUCUUCUCACUUUCACAUUUUUUUUGGAGGAAAUCACACUCAGCAAAACUGCCUCGAUCCUAAUUUAGAAAGAAAAUAUCAGACAGGAAAACGUAAAUUCGAAUCCUUUUUAUUUGGUUGGUAAAGAAGGUUUUUGCAUGUGUCGUCUGAACAUUUUGACUUUAAUUUUAGCCACUAUUUAUCAGAGCGAACCAAUUUGUAUCGCAAUAAUGGUUCAUAAGUGUAGUUGAUAUGUCCUUCUCACACCUGCAAUAAGAAGGAAGGAAAAUUCAUUGAGCAUAAUAUGCUGAAAUGUUUUAAAGCCAUGUGAUGUCAUUAGUAGGAAAUAGCUGAGCAGUUGAUGGAUAGAACCUCUGUGCUGGAUAGAUGAUUUAAUUUUGAGCACACGGAUUGAUGCGUGUUUAAAAAUGUCAGACACAAAGAAGGAGAAGCUGCUUAAUCCUCACCCCUCCAAAGGAAUUUAGGAGAGUGAAAUCGUAGAACAUAGGCUUUUUAAAUCUUUAAAACAAUGAACGAGUGGUCGUCAUAUCAGUAAUUUCUCUCAACCCAUUUCCGCCUUCUUUUUAGUUUAUUAGGAGUCAACUAGCAGAAAUUGGAGCAGCCUUAAAGAAAGCAGCGCCUCCAACUCUGAAUUGUUCGUAGGGACUUUUUUUUCCUGUGUGUUUGGUUACAUAACUUGUGAGAAUUUUCCACCCCCUCACCAAAAGUCCAAGUUGGAUUUCUGCCUACACUUUUCAGCUCGGAUGGACUCAAGUCUGAGACAUGAAGCCAUGGUUCAGGCCGUACAGUAUUUAUCGAAACAACGUGAGGGACUUCUGAUUUCGCCACAUGCUGUUUUCUUUCUGUCCAUGUGUUCAGCUCCACAGUGCGUGCUCGUUGUUAGUUAUUGAGAGCUGAUCCGCCAAGAUGUCUGCAUGAAGUCAAAAAGGGACAAUGAUGAGGAACAUGGAUACCACACACCGCUCUCAAUUUGUCUAAAAAAAUUAACACUUGGUCAAGACUGCAUUUUUACCAUCACAAAUACGAGUUUAUAAAGAAAUUAAUAAAUGAUAUAUGGAUAUUUAA